CGGUAAACGAAGAACAAAGUAGAACGAACAAAAGAAAAGUAGAAAAGAUGCAGGGGCAACAUCCUCCUCCGACGGCGGCAAUGGCUGCAAUAGAAGGACCGAUCGAAGGGGAGCACGCGGAGCUUUCGGCGCCCGAUAGCGAUCCGAGCACCGAAUCCGAAGAGGAUCUGCGUUCACGGUUCAAGUAAUUUUUUUGGUUGCUGCUAGGUAGGUGAUUAAACAGUCACGAAAAGUAGUCACGAGAGAGACCACGAACGAAAAUCCCAGGUCUUUCGAUACAUAUAUAUAAUUGAGAACAGUUUUUUAUGAUCACAGUACGAACGUAGUACAGAAGAUAAGAAACUGUUAUCCAUAUUUUUCAAUUUGGUGACAAGCCUUUCCUAUUUGAAUUUUCCCACUCACCAACAGGACUCUACCACCGCUCCACCCGCACGAAGUUGAAUUGCGUGUCCCCGUGACAGAAUUGUCUAGACCCAUUGCGCCAGAGAAAUUUCGCUCGAAAAUUUCGGCUGUGGGAGGAUUUGUUUUUGGGCUGUUAAUUUUUCCGCGUGGUACCAAGAGUGGGCGGCAAGAAGGGGGCAAAGCGGGAGCAGGGAGACAAGAUCCGCCUCCGCCAGAAAAAGGAGAGACAAGGUGGAUUUCAGCCUUCGUUGAAGCCAGGCCAAGUGAAGAUUAUCCGCCCAAUUGGUAUGAAAAGUUGUUCUAGAAGUAGAAGCUUGAGUGAUGUCUAAGUUCUCACUUUAAUACGAGUGGUCCUGGACGACUCGUUACUAGUAGUACUUGAUAACUAGCUGCUUGUCGUUCAUUUCACGACGAGAAAUGAUCUUCUAUCGUCCAUGCUAGAUUGCCUUGCAAAACGAUGUGCAUAUCGUUCGAUCCCACUAUCCUCACCUCACUAGGUUUUUCCAAGACGUCCAGUUCCUUGUUUCGCUGAUCAACCAUACGAACAUCAGCAACUCCAUUGUGAAACACGACAAGCAUACUUUUUCUCCCACUGAGAGUUCAGAUGGGAAAGCUAUAGACCGAGGAUGGCACGAUUUUGUUUCUUGCGACGAAGGCACUCUACGAAAUGGAGGAUUCGUGGAUCCACGUAUGGAUAGAUAAUUUUUUUUGUUUUAGUAGUUAAUAUCAAGUUUCAGUCUAUGAUGAGACUUGCUUCAGGUUCUGGUUACAGCGUCCGAACGUUCUCUCAUAUAUCGCAAGGAUCAUGCAAAGCUUCUAUUGACCAUGAUCUUCAAGACAUCAAAAACUCACAUCACCAAUCAACAACUUGAACUGACUUAAUAAUUAUACAGUAUUUGUCAAUCUAUAUCUAAAAUAAAAGUAAAUGUGUCACUCUACAACCACAGGCGACGACACCGUUUGUUUCCGUGCUUCUGUGUAUCUGGCUGGUGGUCCUAUGAAAGUGAACCGUGGUGGCGCAGUGUGUGUCAGGCCACGACCAUUGUACGGUGAGCUCCAGAAGUGGAACGACCUUUCGAAUAGUAUGUUGCCAACUUUCGUCAACUCUUUGACGCAAAUCUGGUUCCACCUUGGCGCUUUUCGUAGUAUCUUUUACCAAGCGGAACGUGCAGUGGUGGAGCAAGUAGCAGCAAUGCACCACAAGCAGAUGACCAAGAGUGGUACUGAUAUUUGAAUAGAUAUUUCCUUACAUAAUUCUGGCUAGAAGUAAUGUGAAAAAAUAUCAAAAUUUUUUCAGUAUAAUCUUUCUUUACCUAUUUAUUAUUUGAUUUCGAUACGCAGGUUUCACUCUCAGCAAGAAAUUUUCCAUCGAAUCAAUCUACACAGGUGCCAUCACCGACCGCGAACUGCCUGAGUCUGCUUACGUAGAUGAGAGGGGUAACAAUUCUGUCCUCCUGUGCUUCCGUGAGAUUUUUGGCAGGUUACAAUCGCGACAGGGUCUAGCUUCCGCCGCACGCGUUUCAAACGUUGUCAACCUGCCCAAGAGAGACCUGGAGCAUUAUGUCAAGGUAUGUUAGGAACUCUAAUUUCCUUCGGUAGCCGUAGCUUGGAGGUGAGCAGAUGCCGCACAAUUAGGUCUCAACAAGGAAGUAGUUAAAAAUUCCUUCACUUAGAAGAAGUAGGAGAGUCAAACAAGCUUGUUAGUGGAGCUAAGAUCCAGAUCCACCACUACCUAGACAAUAAUUCCACCCAGAGAUAUCUCCUCCGCAUUUACAGGGCCUGUACGAGAUGAUGUUGAUGGAAGUUGAUGGGGCAGGGAGUAGCUCCUCCUCUUCGCAGCCAACAGGACCCAAUGGGCGGCGACGCGUUCCGCCAGCCACCGUUGGCAGUGUCAUUCAUAGGGAAUUGCAACGCUUCAUGAUGGACGUCGAAUGGUCUGAGACCCCGAUUUGUGGUCAGGACAAGACGAAAAGCCAGAUUCGGCAUCAGGUAUGAGAUCAGACUUAGACUUAGACUAUUUUACCUUCAUAUCUCCCUCAGAGAGUAGAGACAAGUUUUAUCAUCAAUAUCAUCCGCAAGGAGCAGGAAGUAAUAAUGAUACUACUCUAUCUUCCUCUGGUUUUUCUUUUUUCUAGUCAGGUCGGCUCCACCACAAUGAUACUACUCUUGUUACAUCUGGGGAGCAACUUGUAAUUACCAUCAAUAUCAUCCGCAAAUGAACCUUAUCACCAUCAGACUCCGAUCUUUCCGCUGCUGAUUCGCGGCUUCUCGAACUUGGAGCAGUGCUUGGACCACUACUUCUCGGCGAAAGUACUAAUGGAGCUUGAGCUUUUUGAAUUAUACGAGAAUGCAUGCUGAUUAUCAUAAUUAAUGCAACAUGAUCAUGGAUCAUUUAAUGCAUCACUCUUCUUCGCCAAAAAAAACAACUUUUUUACCCAAACCACAGGUUCUUGACGACGGUGACGGCAGUCGUGUCCAAGCUAAGCGAAGUAUCAAAUAUCUCCCACCCGUCCUUUUCUGGUCCCUCAAGCGUGGACAACAGAACCCAACUUCGAGUUUCGAGUUCCCCAGAAAAUUGAAUAUGACACGGUACAUUUAUGAGCAGAAAAUUGAAUAUGACCACCAGAAAAUUGAAUAUGAUCGAUAUGUUCACUCAUCAGCUUCCUCUUCUAGUGGUUGUAUAGCCAAACGCAUACUCUCAAAUUGUUCAUACUUAAUAUAGUUACUGUGAUGACAAGAUAAUGGCUAUGGAGAUCCUUCUAAUCGACAAAACUAGGAACUCUGAUAGCAUCAAGAAGUAGAGCUGCUAACAUGCAUCUGACAACAAUUAUGAAAAUCAACAAUUAUGAAAAUACUCAGGUACAUGGAACCCGGCUCCAUUAGCGAAGCAGAUGCAGAGUAUGCUCUCU